AUGGAGGCCUCGACGGACGACGGUACGGGAGCCACAGCAGGAGGUGAAGAAGCCAAAUGCUCAGAGGAGGUGAAGGCUGCUGAAGAAACCUCCACGUUCCUGUCGGCCAUCGAGCCUGCAGAGCUGCAGAAGUGUGUGUUUCCAGAGUCUCUGGUGACUGUGUCCGAGAGCGGGGGGCACCUGGGGGACUUCAGGGUGACCGUGGAGUUCUCCUGCAGACUCCAGCAACCCUGCAUGCUGCUGAGAGCUCAAAGCCAGGGAGUUAUUGAUGGUCACCCCUGUGGGACAUCAGUGACAGCUUACCUCAGUGCUGAACUGGAAGUGCUGGAGGAGCAACACCAUGAGUACAUCAAGCUUGAGGGCCACAAUGUGGACAAGAGGUGUCGCAUGGUGCAGUGUGACGGAGAAAUGGUGAUCGAUAAAGUUACCACGGUGGCAGAGGAAAAGACAAAAGAGAGCAUGUCUUAUCCCAUGUCUGUCCUGAGAGGACUGGUCACUGAGGGCUCCAGCCUGCUGCUGAUGCGUCUGAUGGCUCAGAGGAAGAAGGUUCCCGAGAACGUGACCUUCAUCUCCUUGGACCAGAAGUUCGGCAUCAGCCACUCCACAUAUAGUGAGCUGGGUGUGAAGCAGCUGGAGGUGGGAGAGGAGGUCCUGGAGGUGUUUGGGGUGCAGAGGACUGUUACCUCUGUGGAGGACAGCAUGGCUACCUGGCAGUGCUACUUUCUGAAUGAUGGGCACUUGGUCAGCAGAGCACAGCUGGGAUCACCAGUCACCAUGAAGCUUCUACAUCUGCCAUCCAAAACAGAGAGAGAGAAGAUCCCUCUUGAGUGGGACAAAGACAUGCAAACACAUUGUGACUUCUUGGACAGAAAGGAGGAACUACACGCAGAUCGUGCUUCGUACCUGAAAGAGCACCCAGAGGUCCGAGCCCUCCUCUCUGACUUCCUGGCCUUUUUGCUGCUGAGAAAACCUGAUGAUGUCUUUCAGUCUGCAAGAGAAUACUUUCGUACUUUUGCCUCCCGCCGUCCUCCAGAAUCAAAUGUAAAAGUCCAACCAUCCUGAGCACUCAUUUAAAGUUUAUUGUCCAUUUAUCACUUUCAUGUGCACUUUGGUUUAUUCGUGCAAGACUUGACACAUUUAGAAGGACACG